AUGGGGGGCGGAGAUCUGAAUCUGAAGAAGAGCUGGCACCCCCAGACCCUCCGCAAUGUGGAGAAGGUGUGGAAGGCCGAGCAGAAGCAUGAGGCUGAGCGGAAGAAGAUCGAAGAGCUGCAGCGGGAGCUGCGGGAGGAGCGGGCCCGGGAAGAGAUGCAGCGCUACGCCGAGGACGUCGGGGCCGUCAAGAAAAAAGAAGAAAAAUUGGACUGGAUGUAUCAGGGUCCUGGUGGGAUGGUGAACCGUGAUGAGUACUUGCUGGGGCGCCCCAUUGACAAGUACGUUUUUGAGAAGAUGGAGGAGAAGGAGGCAGGCUGUUCUUCGGAGACAGGACUGCUCCCAGGUUCCAUUUUUGCCCCAUCCGGUGCCAAUUCCCUCCUCGACAUGGCCAGCAAAAUCCGGGAGGACCCGCUCUUCAUCAUCAGGAAGAAAGAGGAAGAGAAAAAAAGAGAGGUGUUGAAUAAUCCCGUGAAAAUGAAGAAAAUCAAAGAAUUGUUGCAGAUGAGUCUGGAAAAAAAGGAGAAGAAGAAAAAGAAGGAGAAGAAAAAGAAGCACAAGAAACAUAAGCACAGAAGCUCAAGUAGUGAUGGCGGCAGCAGCCAGGAUGAGCGCAGCCGGGGGAGAGCUCAAAAGAAGACGGCAGAUUCUUCCCCUGUUUUGUCCAAAGCCCCUGGAUACGGCUUACAGAUCAGGGACUCCUACCACAGCCAGGGACUGCAGAGUCCUCUGACGGCCAAGCAAAAGGGAAUGCACGGGUUGAAGAAUUAUUCCAGGUCCAGAAGCUCCUCCCACUCACCUCCCAGACAUGCCAGCAAGAAGAGCAGCAGAGAAGCAGGGUCCCGGGACAGGAGUUCUCGAUCCCCAGGCAGAAGGUCACGGUCCCCAAGGCCAAGCAAACCGCACAACUCUAAGGUCAACAGGAGAGAGAGAGGCCGCACUAAGAGCCCAUCGCCUAAAAAAGAGGUCUAUCAAAGGCGCCACGCUCCUGGAUACACCAGGUGA